AUGUUCGGCACCAGAUCAAUUGUGACGCUUUUCGGCUUUUUCUCUGCUCUUUGUACUGCACUUAUUCCACUGUGUGCUUGUCUUGGGUUCUAUUGGAUGGUUGUAAUGCGAUUUCUGCAGGUCUUUCGACUGGGUUCAUUCUUAUUGGUACCGUCACUCGACAAUGGUUCCAUGCAAAAACAGAACGCAUUUUUUAUCGCUUUUCUGACAUGUUUUUUCCAGAUUGGUCCCAUAUUUACAAUGCCUGUCGCUGCAGCGUUGUGUACCUCCUCUCUUGGAUGGCCAUCUGUUUAUUAUUUACAUGCCCUUGUCACCUGUAUUUUGUUUCUGAUGUUUCUCUAUUUUUACAGAGAACAACCACAAACACAUGCAUUCGUAUCUGCUAAGGAACUGGAUCGUAUCAAACGUGACAAAGGAGAAACAGACAAAAGGGAACCGCUGCCCUUG